AUGGAUAUCACAGUUAAUCCUGAAAAACGAAGAUUAAGGCGUACUUCCUUCCACAACAAUAAUCCAUUAAAUACUUCAAGCACUCAACCGCCUGAUACAAAUGCUUCUGGCUCCAUUACUUCAUCCCCUCCAUCUAAAGAAGAAUUGCAUCUAAUUAGAACUCAUACUUUUUCAACAUUACCUAGAUUAAAUUUGAAUACUCAAUUACCUAAAAUAAAUUCCUUUGUAAGAAAUGGUAGUCCUGAACCUAUAAGUCCUGAAUUUCAUACGUUUAUUAAAAGACAGUCUGAUAAUAAUAUUAUGAGCAACUCUGGGAAUGUAACAAGAGUAAGCUCUUUCAUUAGAACUCCUUCUGAUCCACUUUCACCUAUACAUACUACUUCUUUCCAUAAAAGUAAAUCAUUCGUGGUGAAAUCACCAAUUGGAUCCCGUACUAAUUCAUCUACUAAUUUAGCAAGUCAGGAUUCUGUCAUCUUUAAUCAUUCAAAUUCAAGAAGUAAUCUAAUGAACUUAUUUGAAAAGGAGUUACAUUUGAAAACUCUCAAUUUCCAAAAACCACCUAUUAGACAUAAGCCACAAGACUAUAAAUCUGCAUCUACAGGUACUUUUAGUAGUAUGAUGUAUUCUUCUGUUCCAUCUUCACCUUCUGAUAAUUAUAGUGUUAUCAUAGAUUCUACCACACCACUUCAUUUAAAAGGUAAUUCAAUUGAUAUCACCAAUUCUAAUAUAGAUAAUAGCAUACAACAGAAUUGUCCUUCUGCUAUUCCAAAACAUUUACAAGAGGAAAUUUGUAGAACGUCCAGUAGUCUUUCAGGUAAAAGUCCACCACGAGAUAAAUAUAAAAAUUGUUCAAAUGUUUAUAAAGAUAAAAAUCAAGAAAAGAUUAAAUCAGUUUCAAAUUCAUAUAAUAAAGAUAAUAAAAGAUUAGUAAACCAAUUUUUACAAUCAAUACAAUCGAAAUCAGAACUUUCAAUCAGUUCAAGUCCAACUGAAUCAGAAGAAAAUACGUUCCCUUUUAUGAAUAAAUAUUAUACUCAUGAAUAUAUAUCUAAUCAAAGUACUUCAUUAUCGGAUUUUUUAUACCUAGGUUUGGGUACUUCUACUAAAAAAUCUAUGAAAUAUCAAAGGGAAGUUUCUUCCAAGAAAGAAUCUUCCCCACCUAGAGUUCCCUUGUUAUCUGAUAUGAGGCAUAUGCGUCAAGAAACGAUGAAUUCCACGUUUUCACCAGCAUUCACAUUAUCUUCUUCAACGCCUUCUUCCUCGCCUUCUUCUAAAUCUCUUUCUUCAUUUAAUUCAGUAUCCAAAAAAAAAACUGAACCAAUAGACAAUAAUUAUACAAAUAUAUUAGAGAAUUACAUGAAUAUAGUCCAAGGAGAUGAACUGGCGACAUCUUUUAAUGUCAACGAAUUAAAUUAUUUGGAAAAUCAUAUUCAUUUUCAACUAUCCACUUUUGAAACAUUAUUAAAACAUAAUUUUGGCAAAUUGGCAUUAUUUGAUGAAAUCCAAUUGCAAAAUAAUUUAAAAGAUUUUGACAUGCUAAAGUUUGAUUUAAAAAAAGUUAGAACAGAAAUUGAAAACCUAUAUGAUUUAGUUAAAAAUAAAUACUUUACAAAGUUGGACGAAAAAUUUGAUGAAUCAGAUAAAAAUUCUUAUGCUUCCAAGAUUCAAGAAGAUAUGGAUAUCCAGGUUGGCAUUUUAAAUGCCUUAGAAGCAAGAAUGUCUUACUGUGCUGAAAAAUUAUCUCAGCAGAGAGAAACAAUGCGCCAAUUAGAUGAUUUAUUGCAAAACGAAUCAUAUGUUGAUAAACGUCAUGUUAGCCAUAUGAGAAAAAUGAUAUAUUUGAAUAAAUUGAUUGAUAUAGUGACUAUUUUUCUAUUGGUUUAUUUUAUAUAUUGUUUUUUCAAACAUUUUUUUGACUAA